UGCCCCCAUCCUCUCAUUUCUCCCUCCACACCUUUCUCCUCCAUCACCGGACACCGGAGUAUGCAGAGCAGAGGAUGGAGGGUCUACUGAACCAGUGGCUAUGGCAACAGGAGUACUGGCUGCCCCCUGGCAUUACGUGGAAAGACAUGCGGAUGGAGGAGAGGAUGGAGAAAGGGAGUCGGUACCCUCUCCCCCGUGAUCUGCUUCUCACUCUGCCUCUGGCACUAGGCUUCAUUGCCCUCCGUUAUGUUUUUGAAAGGGUCAUAGCUUUGCCACUCAGCAGAUGUUUUGGUGUCCGGGACAGGCAACGGGUACGAGUUGCCUUUAUCCCAAAACUGGAGGCGUUUUACUUACAGAAAAGAAAGCAGCAGCCGUCACAGAACGACAUCCCUGGCCUGGUGAAGCAGUGCGGUCUAACUCGGAGGCAAAUCGAGACAUGGUUCCGCCAUCGCCGCAACCAGGACAAACCGAGCAACACCAAGAAGUUUUGCGAGGCCUCGUGGAGGUUUGUCUUCUACCUCAUAGCAUUCUCAGCAGGCCUUGCUUCUCUAAUAGAUACCCCCUGGUUUUGGGAACACAGGGAGUGUUGGCAAGGGUACCCCAAACAGCUGGUUGCCGAGGCUCACUACUGGUACUACAUCCUGGAGUUGAGCUUCUACUGGUCCCUACUGCUCUGCGUGUCUGUAGACGUGAAGAGGAAGGAUUUCAAGGAACAGAUUAUCCACCAUAUUGCCACCAUCUUCCUCAUCGGCUUCUCCUACUGCGCCAACUAUGUGCGUGUGGGGACUCUAGUCAUGCUAGUCCACGAUUCCUCGGACUUCCUUCUGGAGUCGGCUAAGAUGUUCAACUACGGUGGUUGGAGAAAGACCUGUGACGUGCUGUUUGUCAUGUUUGCAGUGAUUUUCUUGGUGACUCGGCUAGUGGUAUUUCCAACUAGAAUUGUCUACACUACACUUGUGGAUUCUCUAGAUUUUUUCACCCCAUUCUUUGGCUACUACUUCUUCAAUGCCCUUCUCCUGGUAUUACAAGCGCUGCAUAUCUUUUGGGCCUGGCUGAUCCUGCGCAUGGUCUACAAGUUUGUUUUCCUUGGCAAGGUGGAGCGUGAUGAACGGAGCGAUGACGAGAGUGAAGUUGAAGAAGAGGAAGAAGAGAAGGAGGGGUGUAGUUGGGAACAAAAGAAAGGCACCCUGAACUCUAAACUUGCCUCAUUGGCCAACAACUGCGUCCUCAAUAACUUAACCCAUCAGAGAAGAAAUAUAAGUUAUCGGAUGGCCAAUACCAGAUAGUACUAAGAUCAAACAAGAGGUUGAUAUGUAUUAUGCUGGUUUCCUAGAGCUAACUUUGUGGUUUAUGCAUUACUACUGAGGUCCAGUCAUAAUUUCACGUUAGUCAUAUUGGGAAAUAAUACAAAGGAAAGAUGUGUGCUAAUUGUAUCAGACUGUUCGUUUCUCUCCACUGUGUCAACCGUAUUGGGUUUGUUUUAAUUGACAAAAGAGACAUGAUGGCAGGAAUAUCAAUUUCAUUUCAUUUUCUGGUUACAGUAAUUCUAUUGGGGCACUUCACUCUAGUAAUUACUUGCCUUUAUUUGCCAUUCAAGACUUACAAAUCUACUCGAAAUUUAAAGGUUUAAAAGAAAUGUAGUGUGAUGUAAAAGAAAAAUUGUGAAGCAAUGUUUUUUUAAAGAAUUGUACAAUUACAUUAUGAGUGUCUGUGAUGAACAGACUGAUUGUACAGAACUGGAAGUUAGAUGACUGUGAAUUUGUUUAAAGUAAUAUGGGUAUUUUACAAGCGGAAGAUAAAUAAACAUGUGUUGAUUGAAAUGGGGUGUUUUGGAAGUCUCCCUAGUCAGGGAAGCAAUGAAUACACAUUAUGAUACAGUUAUGCAUUUGCUAACAACUCAAAAGACAACUUUUUUAUUAAGUGUUUGCAUAGGUGUUUCCCUACUCCUACCUCACAAUAUGGAGUCUGCUAGACUUUGACAUAUGUUAUUGGCGUCACCGCUCACUAUGAGGAUAUGAUCAUUAAUGUUCAGUGCUUUUUACAACCAACUGUAACUUCUUUCUUUUAGGUUGUUUUUAUUAGUAAAUAAAAAAAAUAGCAAUUUAAACAUCCACUGAUUUCUGCAUUUUCAGUUUCUUAGAUUAUUGUCACAUCUAUUUUCUGCAGUUGAGUGUCCGAAGCGCUAGUGAAUG